AUGCAAGAAAUGGUACCUCUGCCCGGAAAAAAGUACAAAUUUUCCAUCAAUCACUUUGUACUCCUCAUGAUUUUGGUAAUAGCCGUGCAAGGAACGUAUCUGGGAUAUGUCGUCGGCAUGCUGACCACAUUGGAGAAGCGCUUCGGAUUUUCUUCCGAAAAAUCUGGAUGGCUUCUCUCUCUGUACGACAUCGGACACACCGCCGCCAUUCUGCUUAUCGGCUAUAUCGGAUCGCAUUACCAUCUGCCCAGAAUAACUGGCAUCGGUAAGCUGUGAAGGGAUGGGAGGAAGAAUCGGAAGAUUAAUUAAACCGGCCGAGCGUUCUCUGUUUCAGGUGUGAUUCUGAGUUCCUUGUCGAUGUUCAUGCUGGCGCUUCCGGUGGUGUUUUUUGGGACCGCGGACUACACAGAAGAGGAGCUGCUCUUGAAAAAAGAAGCCUACUCGAUCGAAAUGAGCUGUGAUAUCAAUGAGAGACGUGAGAUAUCUGCACAGGGAGAGGAUUGUUGGAGAGAGCACAAAGAGCAUACGGUGAGAGCCGGACCGCCGGUCUUUUAAACAAAAAUUUCAAAUUUUCCACAAUUUUGUUUGCCCAUCUCAUCUCACUUGGAAACAUUUCAGAAUGCAUUCAUCAUCUUGGCAUUUGGACAAUUGUUUGCCGGAAUCUUCGCCGCUCCAUUCAACACAAUCGCCUAUGUCUACAUUGACUGCAAUGUGAAGCAGAAAAGAGAAUCACCAUUUCUCCUAGGUAACUUUUUUCGAAAAAAAUGUGACUCCCUUCGGUAUUCAGGCCUUCUUACUUCUAUGUACGCUUUUGGACCAGCACUCGGUUUCCUACUCUCAUCGAUACUAAAUGGAGUCUAUACAACACUUGGAGACGGUAAGAUUUAAAGAAAGUUAUGGAAACUGUUUUUGAAAGUUGAGUUUUUUAGCCCCUGACCACAUUGGAACCCAUGACGAGCACUGGAUCGGAGCCUGGUGGCUUGGUUUUCUGUUUUGCGGAGGAGCGUAUAUUCUUCUCGCACUUCCUUUCUUCUUCUUCCCAAAAACGUACAAGUGAGUCACUAUUUCUUGCUCAUUUGCUCACUAGUCAACUUCAGACAUCCCGACUCAUUCCACCUGAUGCUGGAGAACUCCCGACCGCAAACCAAUCCGGAAGAUCAGCUCACUUUGAAAGAAAAACUCGAAGAUUUCCUCCUCGAAUUCCCGAUUAUUCUCAAAAAACUUAUCACCAACAAGGUUUACAUCACGAUGGUCAUUGCCUGGAUGUUCGGAUCCUACCUGAUUGGCGGCUACCAAACCUACCUCCCAAAGUUUAUCGAAACCCAAUAUGGUCGAUCGGCGAGCAUGGCGGACAUCUAUUCCGGCAUCAUUUCUGUCGGAGCCAUUGCUGUAUCUACUGCCCUUGGCGGAUAUAUUCUAUCUCGAUACAAUAUUGCCCCACGGUCCUCAAUCAUCUGCCUGAUAGGGUCUUGGGUAAUCAUUCUCAUCAGCUACAUUGUUGGAAUGAAUCUCGGGUGUGAACAGCCGAGAGUUGAGGGUCUUUCCUACGUGGAUUAUGCCGACAGGUAGGGGUUUUUUGUUAGAAAUUCCAAAAAAACGGAUCGAUGAUUACAGAUGGCACUUCUACCACAACCGAGAACGUGAGCAAUCCUGCUUAGAGUACUGCAACUGUGAAACUAUCCUCAAGUUCGAUGGAGUCAGUUACAAUGGCCAGAACUUUUACUCGCCAUGUCACGCCGGUUGCACUUCAUACGAUCCGUUCUCUAAUACAGUGAGUUUUUGAAGGUCUUGAACGUACUAAGCCAUGCAUUUUCAGUGGUCAAACUGCCAGUGCGCUUACGGAAACACCGUCGACAAGGGUCUCAUUCACAAUAAUUGUGACAUUUUCUUCGGAUAUUUGGGCGUUAUGCUGGUCGGAUUGUUCCUGGGAAAUCUCUUUUUCAUGGUGACAAUGAUGAUUGUUCUCCGGUGAGUUCGGAUCAUAAUCAGUAUAGAUGUCAUGAAAAACUAUUGCAGAAGUGUGUACGACGAGGAGAAAGUGAUCGCGUUGAGUUUGGCAUCGUUUAUCACUAAUCUUUUCGGUAGGAUUCUUCUUUCUCGCUGCUUUUUCAACGAUCCAAUUUCAGGUUUCAUUCCGGCACCAGUUAUAUACGGAUACUUUAUCGAUUUGUGCUGCAUCUUGUGGAAUCGACAGUGUCCGAACGGUAAAAUCUGUCGGAAAAUGAUCGGAUCUCUGAAUCGGGUUGAUUACAGAGCAAGGAAACUGUGUCCUCUACGACAACAACAAGUUCACCAAGGUGUUUCACGGCGUCAACGGUUUCUUCCAAAUCUUUGCCAUCAUUUUCGCCGCAAUUUGCUACUGGCUCUCUAAAUCCGUGAAACUUCCUGAAGAAAUGCCCCUGGCCGAGUUCCCCGAAAGUCGAGCACGAGAAUACCGAGACGAGGAUGAGGAGUAG